UACUUGUAUACAUAUUUCAAGCCAGCGUUUUAAAUUCUACAUUGUUUUCACGGGUGUUUUAUCUUGUCAAAUAUGUAGAGGGUGUGUACACAUCGAAGUAAGGCGGACGAAAAAAAGAACUUUUGCCGAAGAAGGAGGGCUACAGGAGUGCUGACAUAGAAUGACUACCACGAUCGAUCGAGAGCAGAGCAGUAUCAAGAGCCCGAGAAGUCCGUCCAAGGCGAACACUGGACAGUUCAGCUUCAAGGGAUCUUUAUACGUGGCUCGUAAUGAGAAAGACUGGAUUGAAAUUCAGAAGAACACGUUUACAAAUUGGUGUAAUGUGCAAAUCCAACCAUACGGUGUGCAGAUUACCGGAGACUUAGCCGAUGCGUUUGGAGACGGAUUAACUCUAGUGUACCUGGUUGAGUCGGUGUCGACCAAGAAAGUCGGCCGAUACAACAAGAAUCCCAAACUCUAUGCACAGAAACUGGAAAAUAUCACAACCGCGCUGAAACUGCUGGAAAGUGACGGCAUUAAGCUUGUGAAUAUAGGCAACGAAGACAUCGCCAAUGGGAACGUCAAGCUUAUUCUGGGUCUGAUAUGGAGGUUAAUUCUUCAUUAUCAGAUCAGCUCAAGUGGCAGCGCAUCUGGAAAACAACUCCUCCUGCUGUGGCUUAAAAACGCUAUUCCCGAUAUAAACAUCAGAAAUGUGACGACCGACUGGAAUGAUGGUAUCGCUUUAAGCGCGCUUAACGAAUUCUGUCAACCAGGACUCUGCCCGAACUACAAGAGUCUUAAUCCCGACGCUCGGCUUUCUAACACGAGCAAUGCCAUGGACGAUGCAGAGAAAAACUUUAAAAUUCCGAAGGUGUUGUCUCCGGAAUUCUUCGUGAGUCCGUACGUGGACGAGUUGAGUAUGAUGACGUAUUUGUCAUAUUUCACUCAGCCGGGAUCCGUCGGAGAGAAGCGAACUCUCGAGUUCAUCAAUGAGUCGGCGCCAGGCUUAAACGUGCGUAACUUCAACACGGAUUGGAACGAUGGGAAAAAGUUGUGCCAGUACUUAGAGGCUAUUUGCCCUGGGAUAAUCCCAGAUUAUGAAAAUAUCGAUCGCAACAGUCCUCUGGAAAACGCUACCUUGGCGUUGAACGUAGCCGAGGAGAAAUUCGGGGUGAGAAAAGUGGUAACACCCGAGGAACUCGUGAGUCCCGAUGUAGACGAGCUUAGUAUCAUGGCUUACAUGCUUCAGUUCCGUACAUGUGAAAAGCUUCAGAGCCAUGCGCACAUCUUCAAGGCGGACGGGGCCGGAAUCAAGCGAGGAGUCCGUGGGAAAACGUCCGAGUUUUUCCUUCGCGGUCGCAAAGAUGUUGGAUUCGACGGCGUGCGUAUCGACGUCAGAGGCCCGAGCGGGGAAAUGACCGUGCCCGUGGAAACACAGCCCGAACCCGACGGAUCUCUUCGAUGCCGGUUUGUUCCUUUUGAAAGUGGUAUUCACACGAUUUCUAUCAAGCAUGUUGGGAAAGAGAUCCCCAGCGGUCCAUUCAAGGUCAUGAUGCAUGAAAAUGUCGCAGACGUGCAGGUUUCUGGAGCGGGAAUCAAGCACGCCGUGGUCUUCAAGCCGGCAGAGUUCAUUGUUCAAACCAAGGACGACAACUCACCCCCGGUGUCAGCGGUGGUAGAAGGACCCACAAAAACUGCGCACUGCACCAUGGAACCCCUGGGGAAUGGAAGAUGGAGGGGGAGUUUUGUCCCUCGGGAAGUGGGCGAGCACAAGGUUCGCAUUGAGGUCGGGGACACCCCAUUGCUUGGCAGCCCCUUCACAACUAAAGUAGGAGACCCGACAAAGUGCAGUGUAGCUGGAAACGAAACUGUUCGCAAUCCCCUGAUAGGACGUCCUGCUUCCUUCGAUGUGGACACUUCCGGGGCGGGGCUAGGGGAACUGGCCAUUCAGUGCCGGGGCCCCGCGGGGAAUGUCCCGGUCGACGUGCGCCCGACUGCGCCGGGUCGAUACAAUGUAUCGUUUAUUCCCAACAAACCUGGGGAGUACAACAUCCACUUUGUAUUCAAUGGAGACGAUAUACCAGGCAGUCCAAUAAAGACUAUUGUGAAUGAUCCAAACAAGAUUGUGGCUCAUGGAGAAGGACUGUAUCAGGUCACCACCGACACUGAAGCAGAGUUUUUCAUUUCUCUUCACGGCGCCGGUGACGGAGAACUGAAGGUGUACGGCGAGGCACCUUACGGGCACUUUCCUGUGGAUUUACUACAGUCUCCUAAGGAGAAGGACACCUAUAUUGUGCGCUACACGCCCAGGGGUGUGGGUGAGCACAAAAUUCAUAUCAACUUCGCUGGGGAGCCAGUUAAAGGCAGCCCGUACAUAGUGAAGGUGGCAGAUCCCCGUCAGGUCACCCUGGAAACGCAUCAGUUGGAGCGCGCACCGAAGCGCUUCACAGUGCGUCACGAGGUGGACAUACCUGUGCAGGUGCCUAGCUCUGCUGGAGAGGGCCAGCUAGAGGCUGCCGUUAUGGGCCCUGACGAGUCCAGUGUCCCGUCCACCGUGACGAAGGAGGACGAUGGGUACCAUCACAUCCGGUUUGUACCCCGUCAGACAGGAGAACACAGAGUGAUGGUCAAGUAUGGCGGCAAGGAGGUAUCCAGCAGCCCAUACGUCAUCCGCAUCCGGGACUCUACCAGUAUGAAGGUCAAGGUGACGGAAAUGGAGCAGAUGAGGACUGGGUAUUCCGCACGAAAAGAGGUUGAUGUUCCUAUAGAGGUCCCAGAAGAAGUCGACGAAAUCUCUGCUUCUGUUCAGGACGAGGAUGGCAAACCCGUGCAUUCAACACUGACCCUUGAGCCAGACGGCUUAUACCACGUGAGGUUCGUUCCUUACAAACCCGGUCGCUAUACGGUUGAUGUGCGCUGCGGAGGACAAUCCAUAGAAAACAGUCCUUUUGUGAUGAAAAUCUCAGAAGCGGAGGCAGUGUCAGUAAAACUAAAAGAGUUCGAGAAACAGGAAGGAGUUCGUUAUCACGUGGGGUAUGAGGUGGACGUACCAAUGGAAAUCCCAGCAGAAGUUGACGAAGUAUCGGCUGCCGUGUAUGACCCGGAUGGUAACACAGUGAAAUCCACUUUCCAGAAAGAACCUGAUGGUCUUUAUCACUUGAGAUUUACUCCAACCAAGAUAGGGCAGUACAAUAUUGACAUUCGCCGUGGAGGAGUCUCCGUGGAAAACAGUCCGUUCCCGUUACACGUAGCCCAGCCAGACACAGCCGUGGUCCGACUGCGCCAACCGGAGGAGUCUGAGAACAAGUACUUAGUCCGCCGCGAGCUUGAUAUCGCGCUCGAUGCAGCAGAAGGUACUCGGAAUAUGUCUUCAUAUGUUGAUGGACCCGACAACGAGAAUGUACCUUCAUCUUUUGAUAAAGGAGACGAUGGGUUGUACCACGUGAAGUUUGUGCCGUACACACCUGGAACUUACAAGGUUCAUGUUAAAAGUGACGGCGUUCCAGUGGCCAGCAGUCCCUUCCUAAUCAAAGUAGGUGAUCCAGGCAAGGUGCAGGUUGCGCAUGUGCGUAGCGAGGAGCUAUUUGCGGAGCGAGUCAUCAAGAACGAGGUGGACUUGGCGGUAGAAAGCCCGUAUGACAUGAACGAUAAAGACUUCUCCGCAACAGUGACUAGCCCGGAUGGAGAAAACGUGCCUUGUCACGUGAGCAAAGGAACCGACAAUCGUCACCACGUGAAGUUCACCCCGCACAAACCGGGUCCAUAUAAGGUGGAUGUUCGUUACGGAGGUGAACCCGUCCAAGGCUCUCCGUUUACAGUGAACGUCACGGACCAAGUCCAAGCAGCCCAAGUGGUGAAUUUCAACCAAGCUGAUCAACGCUUCAUCGAGAACCGUGAGGCGAACAUUCCGAUCAAGAUUGCAGAAGGCUCCUCGGCAGAUUAUCUGAAAUGUCGUGUGACUGAUCCAGAGAUGGAACUACUUCACAACGAGUUGUCUUACGACCCAGCCACCAGCUUGCACCACGUGCGGUUUGUACCGCUGAGGCCUGGCCGCCAUAGGGUGGACGUGGAGUAUGACGGAGUGCCGGUAGAGGGUUCACCGUUCAUGUUAAACAUUGAAGGAAGCGAGGGACAUAAGAAGGUUUUUGCGUCAGGAGACGGACUCAAAGGAGGUAUAGUAAACGAGAAGAUAGAUUUCAUGGUGGAUGCUCGUAAUGCCGGCCGUGGGAAACUGACAGGCAAGCUUACUGGAAUCAAAUACCACACAGACAUAGAAGUGAAUGACUUGAAGGACGGUCGGUACGCCUGCCACUACCUUGUGCCGCAGACGGGUGCUUAUGUCCUGUCCCUGAUGUGGAAUGGACAACAUAUCCCGGAUAGUCCUUACAAGGUCACCAUCAGGGAAGCACAAGUUAUGAAAGCGACAAGUUGUGUUGUUGAAGGGAACAUGCUCAAGGAGGGUGCCGGUGCUACAGUGGGUCAAGCCAUGGGGUUCAAUAUCAACAGCAAGGAUGCGGGCCCGGGUCAGCUUUACGUACGCUGUCAGGGACCCUCAAAGGACUGUGACUGCACCGUGUUUGACAACAAAGACUCUACAUACCAAGUACAGAUCUUUCCCACCGAAGUUGGCAACCAUCUUGUGUACGUAGAGUGGGGUGGAAGGCCGGUUCAUGGAAGCCCCUUUUUGGUGCGCGUGGGACAGCCCCCUGACCCUAGCAAAGUCCGUGUGUAUGGUCCUGGAUUGGAAAAUGGAUUGUUAAGAAGUUUUAAAGGUGAAUUUCUCGUCGAAACUAAGGGUGCAGGACCAGGAACGCUCAAGAUAAGAAUCCAUGGACCUCGAGGGGCCUUCAAGGUGGAAAUGUACCGUGACACGUCUAAGGAACGCUCUAUCGGUGUGCGAUACAACCCCACUGAAGCAGGACGUUAUAUAAUCAACAUCAAAUGGGCUGACCAACAUAUACCUGGCAGUCCUUUCGACGUCACGAUAGUUGAAACUAGAGAAGAACUUGAAUCGCUUAACGAAUUGAAUGAUAAUGCGGUGCUUUAUCAACAAAGAGACGCGAGACUUUAGGAGACUGGUAGCUAGUGUGUAUUUAAACUUGUCCCCAGUGUCUUCUCGGUCAGUCAAAUCCAAUAUGGCGUCUUUACAAGUGAGUGUGAGACGCGCGUAAUAUUGCCAUCUUUAAACGUUUGCUAGAUCCAGAAUUGCUCUUAUUUGCAAAUAUGGGAUGAGUUGUGUAUCGCGGUCGUGUCAAUUGGUAUUGAGCUGGUUAGUCAGGGAAAUUUUGCCUUUUUUGGUAGAAAACUGUCGGUUGCGACUGCUCUAUGGUAAGAGAGUGGAAAUUUGUUAGUAACACGACAUUCAACCUCGAAUCGGAAACUGUCUGGUGUUUUUUUUAACGAGAUAUCCCACAAACGGCUCUCGUUUUCAAAACGCUUAAAUGAGAGCACGGAUGUUGUGUUACACCUCAUAGCCGCCGCACUUCCACAAUAGUUAGUAUCACAAAUUUAUAAUGCAACUUCUAGUACUGUAUGUAGUUUCUUUUUUUCCCGUGAAUUUCUAGUUUUAUACGGAAUCUUCAAAUGGACUCAAAACUCCUUAAACAAUUAUGUCAAAUCGUAGAUCCGCGGAGAGUAGAAACUAGUAAGCCCAUUACGGACACACGUUACUGUAGGCCUGUUAUGAUUGGCGGGAGACAGCGUAAUCUUUUUGAUUGACGGAAGAGUAAUUCAGUUGAUAUGGUUUUCCUUGGUUUCAAAGCCUAGGUCAGCAUAAGGAAACUGUUUUACUGCGCAUGAGUAUAUUAGAGUAUUUUUCUUGGGUAAGGUUUAGCGGUGCGCGGGGCUGUCUCGAGUUUUUAUCAGUUUCUUGUCGAGUCUUUGAUCCUUUGCGUCACUUUGAGUUAUAGUUGCAAGUCUGUAUUUGCUCUCAGCAUCAAAAGAAGUUUUUAAUUAAAAAAAUAAGUGAACCAAACUGGAUCAAUUCAACGAAGCGGAUUAAGAUUCCAGUUAAAAAAAAAACGUAAACCAACUGUUAAGUAAUAUCUUUAACCCGGGCUUCUGCUGUAGCGUCAACUAAGGUUUGCGUAUCUUCCGCGGAGACAAAACGAAUUUCUGCAAGCCAUGACGUGGGAAUGUAUAUUUGUUGGCUAGAAUCCCAAAUAAUUCUAUUUAAAGUAACUAAGCUAUAUAUUUAUACGGUACCUAGACUAGAUUAAAUCGGUUGCUUGUGUAUUUAUCAGGUCUUUCAAUAUAUCAUCGUGUAUUGGACACAAAUAUCACAUUGAUCAAGAACAGAAUUCUGUGUAUUUAAAGGUCCACUUCUCCCGUCUCAAUUUAGUAACGUGUGUCGUACAAAAUAUUGCUUGAGUUUUUGGGAUGGUCAGAAUUUAUUAGCUUACUGAAUUUUUAUUAAGGUGCGCUGCAAUCAGCGUCUGGAGAAAAUGACGUUUUUUGUAGCGGGGUUUGUGAAGUUUAGAAAACGACACGAGAUUCGUGUCAAUAAUAGAAAUGGACAAGGAGUGUACAAGGUUUUCACUUACUGUAAAGGUACACUUUAAAGGUUUAGUUAGAUUUGUUACUAAUUUGUAAAUAAAAGUCUAUUUUGGCCA